GUACGCCUCUUCUUUUGCUCUCACGUUAAUGGCGGGUGGCGGCUGCUGAGCGGGACGCAGAUAAACCGCUGCCCGCACGGGAAAAAGAUUUUCUUUUCUGCUCGUCUCCAGAGCUCGAGCGCGUCAGCAUGUCUGUGGUACCACCCAAUCGCUCACAGACCGGCUGGCCCCGGGGGGUCAACCAGUUCGGCAACAAGUACAUCCAGCAGACCAAGCCCCUCACCCUGGAGCGCACCAUCAAUCUGUACCCUCUUACCAAUUAUACUUUUGGUACAAAAGAACCCCUCUAUGAGAAGGACAGUUCUGUUGCUGCCAGAUUUCAGCGCAUGAGGGAGGAGUUUGAUAAAAUUGGAAUGAGGAGGACUGUGGAAGGGGUUCUGAUUGUACAUGAGCACCGGCUACCUCAUGUGUUACUGCUGCAGCUGGGAACAACUUUCUUCAAAUUACCUGGUGGUGAACUUAACCCAGGAGAAGAUGAAGUUGAAGGACUAAAACGCUUAAUGACAGAGAUACUGGGUCGACAAGAUGGAGUCCUACAGGACUGGGUCAUUGAUGACUGCAUUGGAAACUGGUGGAGACCAAAUUUCGAACCUCCUCAGUAUCCAUAUAUUCCUGCACAUAUUACAAAGCCGAAGGAACAUAAGAAGUUGUUUCUGGUUCAGCUUCAAGAGAAAGCUCUGUUUGCAGUCCCUAAAAAUUAUAAACUGGUAGCUGCACCGUUGUUCGAGUUGUAUGACAAUGCGCCAGGAUAUGGACCCAUCAUAUCUAGUCUCCCUCAGCUGUUGAGCAGGUUUAACUUUAUAUACAACUGAAUUUCCGCGCAGUGGAAAAAUGAAGCCGUCUCUGUGAGCACAGCUAUACACAGUGUAGUGGAAUAAACGUGGUAGAAAAGUUUUUUUGUUUUUACCUCUUUCCUGAUCCCUAAAUUGCCACCUAAUUUUUACCGUUUGAAUAGUAAAGUUAAUAUGAAGAACCAGGUAGUGGUGCAAGCAAAUGUGGUCAUCUUUUAUUUACUUAGGGUUCUACUCAUUUUUUUGUACAAUAUUAAAGAAAGCAGACUCCUAUUUGUAAUUUUUAUUUUUAAUUUCUCAUUAAACUUUAAAAAAAUCUUAUA